AUGCUCCUCUCGCGGCUACCACCUGUCCUGUUGGCAAUAGUGGCUUAUUUAUUUUCUAUGUCAUAUGCUCAAAGUCCAUGCGGUACAGAUCAGAACCCGUAUUGUGCAGGCAACGACCUCUUCGAGCAGAUUUGCUGCAGCUAUCCCAACGUAUGUUACUGGGCAAACCGAGAUGGUCAGCCAGCAUGUUGUCCUUACGGACAGGUUUGUGAUGGAAUUGCGCCGUAUACCACCCGCACUAUAACCAUUCCGCCAUCAACGAUUACCACUAUUCGUCCAACCACCAUAACAACCGCUCCUCCACUCUCAACCGUCACAAGCUAUGUCAGUGGUGGAGGCAUUGUGGUCGUUACUGUGACGAAUCCUCCGCAAACCAGCACCACCUACAUUUCAGGCUGGUGCAAAGAUGGACCGUGCUCAACAGUUACUUCUGGCGUGGUUGGGGUCUACUCUACCAUCACCUCAGGCGUUGUUGGAGUGUAUUCAACUGUGACUCAGGAGGUUGGCCAGGCCUACUCGAGCGUCUCAGGAGUGUUGGUCGGUAACGGUGCUUCAAGAACGACAGCUUCAGCCACCUGGAUACUUGUUGUAGGCAUCGUUUUGAACAUUGCUUGGAACGGCGCUGGCUAA